UAAGCCGUAAAGUUUUGGGUUCGACUCGCAUGGAAAAGGAAAAGGAAGGAAGAACAAGACACUUUGAGGCUUUGGAAAGCUGACUCACCGUACAAAUUGCAAAUUCAUCUCAGUUUAUGAUAAAUACAGUGUAUGUGAGUGAGCUAUUGGCGCUGCCAUGGGCUCUUAUUCUGACAUGUACAUUCUAAAUCAUCGUAAAAUAUUUUAAUCAAAUAUUCGGAUUUCAGUUUGAGCGCUUUUUCUCUACCCGUAUAUAAAUCAUUGGACGGACGUAACAAGCGCAGUACGAGACAAAUUCUCACAGUACUCAGUGAUAGUGUAUCAACAAACCAAAUAUGAGAGCGGCCGUCGUUUGCACAUUGUUCCUCGCCGCAUUGGUCCAGGGAGACGCUCCUCAAGGAUAUUUAAUAAACGAAGAAGACGGCCAUGGAUACAAGCUGGUCUACGUGGCACAGACGUGGCAGCGAGCGAUGAAACUCUGCGCCGAAGAGGGUGCCAAGUUAGCAGUGCCCAAGUCUGAGCAAGAGUUCGCGUACAUUCAGAAGAUAGUGCGCGCGAUGCACUACCCGUCCAUCAUCGGCGCCGAGUUCAAGCUCAUCGCCUGGGUGGGAGUGCACAGCCUCAACGACUACACCGUCUGGGAGAACGUUGAUGGUGAGAAUAUAGACGACACAGGAUUCAACAGAUGGGCGAGGGAAAAAUACAUCAGCAAAAACCCACAGGAGCCCCACUGCGCCGGCGUGGACGCCAUCAACCCUGGCUACAGAGACUGGUGGUGCCACAGGAGACAACCAUACAUCUGCGAGAUUCAGACUUCGUCAACUUAAUAAAAUAGGAAUCUAUUAUAUAUCUGUAUUACCUCGCCACUACCCAAAGGGUACCAUUCCAAUUCUCUAGUAAGCUAAGGAUGUGUGGAAGCCACCUAUGUCGCUUGAUGCAGCUUAAAUUACCUCUGAUGGAUUCAGGAUUUCCACGAAUUUACUUAUCAAACUGAUCCAGGCAAAAAUUUUAAUGUUCAUUCGUUUUUGCCUCAGCUUGAGACUCUAUAGGCAUGCUGGAAGGAAGUUGCAUCACUUCAUGAACGCCAUAAUUUGGCCUUUUUAAAUGUGCAUUAAUUGCUUAUAGGAUGCGACUUUAUGUAACAAGCCUCUAGGGCGGGUUUUGCACAGCAAGUGUUAUAACAUAAUGUGUAUAUAAAGCGUCAUUGUUCAAUUGCAUAUACCUAGUACAGCUUAAACGUUCAUAAGUAAUUAUAUAAAUAGAUAUUUGUAAAGGCUGAUAACGUUUAACCGACUUACGAAGAGUUAGCAGUAAGUUUUUCUGUCUUAUUGUAAUUGAAACACGAAAAAGACUAUAUUAACAGUGUGUAAUGGUUGGGAAGAAAGCUGUAAAUUCAUGUUUACUAUGGUAAUGUUAAGAUGUGUACAACAUUACAUCAAUGUGGAAAUAAAUAGCAAACGAACUUGUUGAAUAUAUUCUGGAUAUAACA